AUGGAUCCUUGUCAUAAAUCCACUCUGUUCGAAGGUUUUAAAUCAGAUAUGUUAGGUUUUAAUAAAGAAAAAAAUUCUCAGGUAAUUCCUUCGAUUGAAUUACCUGAUGAUUUAUUUGAAGAAAGUUUAGAUCCUUGGAGGUUUUCGUUAAUUGGAAGAUUAAAUUUACAUCAACUCAAAUUUAUUGAUGAUGCUAUUCUUCUUCGUCGACAAUGGAAAUUAACAGGAGAUUGCAAGAUAAUUCCAUUAGGAAGGGGUUUUUUCACAAUUAAGUUGGAUAAUGAAAUUGAUCGUCAAUACAUUAAGGAAGGGAAAUGUGAGGUGUUAAAUCAAGUAUUACAGAUAUUGUUUAAAAUCUGCAAGGAAAUUGGUACACCAAUCAAACUAGAUGAAGCUACUGCAAAAUGCGAGGUUGGGUAUUAUGCAAAUGUUUUAGUUGAAAUUGAUUUUGCAAAAAUUGUGCCUAAUAAGGUAUGGAUUGGUACUAAAUAUGGGGGUUUUCUUCAGAAUAUAUCAAUACCAGUAUGUCCUAAAUUUUGUCAUAACUGCAAGAUUGUUGGUCACAACAAUGUUGAAUGCAGAAUUGAUAAGAACAAAAACCAGCAAGUAAACAACACUCAGAAUAACAUGUCUUCUGCAACAAAUAAUGUUCAACAACAAACACCCAAGGCAGGUAAAACCCAGACUCCUUUUGAUAUAUGUGAUAGGUCUGAGGUUUAUAAGUUUGGAGAUAGUGCAGGAGAAAGACAGUGUAGCACAUCCAGUGUUAUUAACACUCAAGUGCUUGACGAAGAUGUCGUCAUUUCUAAUAUUGUCACACCUAUUAAUGCUAGUAGUAACUCCAUUCCAGUUAAUAUUAGCAGUGGCAGAUUUAAUAUCCUUAAUCAAGAUGAAAUUGAACAAGAGGAAGACAUAAGUGUGGAUGAGGAAAUUAUUGCAGAAUAG